AUGGGUGGAAGAAAGUUCACUCGUAUUAAUAUAUCGCAUCUGACAGAUGAUCCGGAUGAUACUAGUGACAGUGGACAUAAAAAUGACAAAAAUGGUGACUAUAUUCCACUCAAUGAUGUUAAUGACUAUAGUGGAGAUGAAAUAGACCUCAAUGAGGAUUAUGAACAGAUAGAUGAUGAGGAGGAUGGGUUGGACAGUGGACAUGUAGAAUCUGAUGAAAAAGAGGAUGAUGAGGGUUUGGAUUUUGGUAAGAAAAUAAGAGAUUAUUACCAAGAUCAAUCAUCUUCAGAUGAAGAAUUUGAGGAAAAGGUUAGAGAGGCUAAGAAAUUAAAUGAUGAUUUGUAUCGCAAUGUUACAGAUGAAAGUGCAGAUAUGCUUAAUAUAUCUGCAGAAGUAGCGGAUGUAUCAAAAGUAUUAAAAGAUGUAUUUAAAAAUGAUGAAAUUACACUUGAUCAAGAUAUAAAAUCUACCAUUACAUUAUCCAGUGAAGAUCGUGUAAAAUUGAUCGAAAAAAGCCAUCCUGAAUUUAUUGCAUUAAUCAAUGAUCUACAUAAUAAUGUGAAUCUUGCAUACGAGAAUAUUCUGCCACUGCUUAACAGUGCCAAAUUUAACAAGUUUUGUACUAAAAAUGGCAUGGAAUACUUAGAUUUGCGCAACGAAUUGAUACUGAUCUAUAUGACAUAUUUCUCUUAUUACAUGCUAAUGAAAGUGAAUGGCAGGCCUGUUAAGGGUCAUCCAGUCAUUGAAAGAUUGCUGGAAAUUAGAUUAAUUCUGGAUAAAACUAGGCCAAUCGAAUCAAGACUUGGAUAUGAAAUAUCCAAGUUAUUGGAAUUGGCAAACAAUGCAGAACUAGCAGAAGCAGUCAAUGACCGUGCCAAACCGGAAUUGUUAGUGACAGAUGAAGAAUCAGGCGCUGACAGUGAUAGUGACAGUGAAAAUGAGUACAUUGAUAAAGACGCUGUUCCUAGAUAUAUGACUGAUGAACACACGAACAUAAUUGCCAAAUUGGAUAAAAAGUUGACAAAAGAAGAAGCGAGACUUAAAUACCACAAUGUUGAUGCUAGCGAUGAUUCUGCGUGUGAUAUGGACAAUGAGAUGCGAGAAUUUAUGAAAAAUGAGAAGUUGGAACAGGAUAGAAUGAUGAGAGUUUUCUCCAAUAAGGAAAAGAAAGGGGGCAAAAAGUCUAGGGAUGGAUUACAAGAUUUAUCUUCAUUGGCUGACACUGUAACUUCGUCUAAGGCAUGGGAGAAAUUCAAAACCAAUAAACAAGUCAAGGAAACUCACUGCAGUUCCAUUAAUGCCGGAUUAAAUACAUUGAAUCAGAUAGCUAAACAAAGUAAAAUAGAUGCAAAAAAAAAUUUUUCAGCGGAUUUAAUGGUCAAAGUCAAGACGCAGAAGCAACGCCCAACUACCAUUCAACAAUUUAACAGCAAACAUAAACAACAUACUGAAAACAAUGACAGUUUGGAAGCGUUAUAUAAGGAAACAAAAAAGAUUAAAAUCAAGAAAACUGUUCCAAUGAUAACGGACGAGACUGUCGAUGGCGCUAGAGGCGUGUCUCAUGAUAUUCUUAAGAAUAAGGGCCUCACUAGGAAAAGGAAGAAGGGACUGGGCAAUUCUAGGGUUAGCAAUAGGAAUAAGUAUGAGAAGAGUCUCAAGAAGAUUGGAAAGAAGUCAUCUGUACAAAUGGGUGAAUAUGCCGGCGAAACUACGGGUAUCAAUGCCAAAGUUAAAAAAUCAGUUUCCAUUAGCUGA